AUGGAGAAGCGAGGGCCGGCAACGGGGACGCUGCUGCCCGGGGUCCUGCUGGCCCUACUGGUGGCCUUGGUGGGCCGAGGGGCCGCCGCACCCAACGGCACGCGACCGGCCGAACUGGGGCGCGGCUGGGACGGCCUGGUGGCCCGCUCGCUGGCGCGCCUGCCUGUGGCCGCGCAGCCCCCGCAGGCGGCUGUCCGUAGCGGUGCAGGGGACUACCUGCUGGGCCUCAAAAGAUUGCGGCGGCUCUACUGCAACGUGGGCAUCGGAUUCCACCUGCAGGUGCUGCCCGACGGCCGCAUCGGCGGCGUGCACGCGGACACCAGCGACAGUCUUCUGGAGCUCUCCCCGGUGCAGCGGGGCGUGGUGAGCAUCUUCGGAGUGGCCAGCCGAUUCUUCGUGGCCAUGAGCAGCAGGGGCAAGCUCUUCGGUGUGCCUUUCUUUACCGACGAGUGUAAAUUCAAAGAGAUUCUUCUGCCCAACAAUUACAACGCCUAUGAAUCCUACGCGUACCCGGGCAUGUUCAUGGCUCUCAGUAAGAACGGGCGGACCAAGAAGGGGAACCGCGUGUCGCCUACCAUGAAGGUAACCCACUUCCUGCCUAGACUGUGA